AUGUCGUCGACCACCGUAGUCGUCGUGGUCGCGUUGACGGAUGACGAUGAAGAGGAGGCCUCGGCCGACGACAGGUCGCCGAUCAGUUCGUCGAUGCUCUUCACCUCGCCCUCGAAGAUACUCUUCUUCGCAAUCGGGGCGCUGGAUUGUUGUAUCCGCUUCCUCGUCAUCCUCGUCGUCCUCUUGCUCGCCGAGUUCCUCCUGCAGAUCCGCGAACAGGUCGUCGUUGCUCGAGUGUCUGCUGGCGGGCACGUGGUCGUCGUCCUUGCCGUCACCUGGCCAGCAGUGGGGCAAAGAAAGGUGGCAGGCUGUACCGUUGGGUGGCUUGAAAGUGAUGUCGAGGACGGAAUAGUCGCCCAAGGCCGUUUCGUCGGCGCAGUGGCUCUCAUCUUCUUCAGCUUCAUCGGCGGAAUCUCCAAGCCCGCCGGCCUUGGCGAUCUCGGCCUCCAUGUUGAUCUCCACCACGUCUUCGUCUUCCUCCUCGUCGCCGUCGAUGGAGACGUCUUCCUCUUCGUCUCCCUCUUCCUCGGAUUCGAUCGCCAUCGACCAAUCCACGUUCCCUCCUUCCUCCUCCUUCUCUUCCUCGUCACUUCCUUCAUCUUCGUUUGCCAAGGUCGUUUCGCCGACCUGCUCGACCUCAGUUUCCUUCUUAUUUUCUGCGUCCUCAUCGUCGCCGUCAUCGCUCAGCCCGACGUGCUCGGUCACGGCCAUAGUUGCGUUCAAUUCCUCCUCGUCCUCUCCCUCUUCGUCGCUCUCGAGUUCGCGCAGGUCGAAGCCGAGCGAGACCCGCUUCUUCUUGACCUCGUCUCGCACACUCCCCCGGAUCUCCACCGAAUAGUCAUCCGGCGCGAAGGCCUCUUCAGGCUCGGCCUCGACCUCGGCCUCCGCGUCGCCGUACUCCAGCUCGGCCUCCUCCAGCUCGUCAAAAUCUGCUUCGCCGAUUUCAUCGACCUCCUCUUCGGCGCCAUCGUGGUCAACGUCUCCGUCUGCGGCAUGUCUCAGAGCGGUGAUGUUGGUCGAGAAUUGCUGCGUGCGGCCCAAGUCGCCGUCUUCGAGGUCAUCGAGCGCCAUGGAGAGGUCGUUGAGGGCGUCUUCUUGCCACCCCUUGUCCUCGCGCAGGAUGUUCGAAGUGAGCCUGUCGGCCAUCAGGCUGAUGAGCGCAUCCUGGCGCUCCACGGCCGCCCCGAGAGGUUCGUCGUCGUGCUCGAGGUCGUCGAGCUGUGCGAGCACAUCCUCAUCGCCGAGAUGCGCGAGCGCGUCCUUGUGCGAGCGGCGCAGCUCUCCAGUCCAGCGGGCAGCGGAGUGGAGGUGGCCUGCAGGAAGGAGUCCUCCUUCAUUAGCCACGCGUCCUCGUCGUCCUCCAUCUUGAAGGCCGGCUUGAACGGCUGCCGCUCGGGGCCGGUGCCCACUGUCCCGCUGCGGGCCGGAGCGAAGGAGUCCAUAAACGAGAGCGGGUCGGAAGCGAAGGGGCUUUCGGCGGGCGAGGAGGCGGGCGAAGGGGAGCGGAGAGGCGCGGGAGCGCGGGAGGCGAACGGGGGCAGGAUUCCGCCCGGCCGAUUGAGGUACGAGAUGGUCGAGGCAGAGGCGCCCUUGCCGGGUCCACCGAACGGCGAGAAGAGGCCGAGAUUGAGCGUGAACUGGGCCGUCAUCUCGCGCAUGGGGGACAGCUCCAACCCACCCACGUGGCCGUCGGCCAUCCUGCCCCAUCUCUGCUGCUCGCCGUCGCUGCUCGAUCCGCUGGUGUUAAGCGGCGACGAGAGCACGCCGCCGCCGUUCGGCGAGGCCUUGUCCUCGUCGGUCAGCUUGCUGCGCGAGAACAUCGCCUUCUUCAUCGCCACGGUCGAGCCGCCUUGA